AUGCUCCGGUGGUCCCGUCCAGCUGCCGCGAUGCCAUUGGUCGGCGCCAGGCUGGCGGAGGCCGCGAUUGGGUCAGCGGAGUGGGAGAGGAGGGAUGAGAGGGCGGCGAGUGCGAGGGAGCGAGUGAGGGGGGAGGGGGAGGAGGAGGCGUCGUGGGAGAGAGGAGGUGGCGGGAAAGGGGGUUCGGAGCAGAGGGAGGGGGGUUCGGAGCAGAGAGAGGGGGGUGAGGAGCAGAGAGAGGGGGGUGAGGAGCAAAGAGAGGGGGGUGAGGAGCAGAGAGAAGGGGGUGAGGAACAGAGAGAGGGGGGUUCGGAGCAGAGAGAGGGGGGUGAGGAGCAGAGAGAGGGGGGUGAGGAGCAGAGGGAAGGGGGUGCGGAGCAGAGGGAAGGGGGUGCGGAGCAGAGGGAAGGGGGUGAGGAGCAGAGAGAGGGGGGUGAGGAACAGAGGGAAGGGGGUGCGGAGCAGAGGGAAGGGGGUGCGGAGCAGAGGGAAGGGGGUGAGGAGCAGAGAGAGGGGGGUGAGGAGCAGAGAGAGGGGGGUGAGGAGCAGAGGGAAGGGGGUGCGGAGCAGAGGGAAGGGGGUGAGGAACAGAGAGAGGGGGGUUCGGAGCAGAGAGAGGGGGGUGAGGAGCAGAGAGAGGGGGGUGAGGAGCAGAGGGAAGGGGGUGCGGAGCAGAGGGAAGGGGGUGCGGAGCAGAGGGAAGGGGGUGAGGAGCAGAGAGAGGGGGGUGAGGAACAGAGGGAAGGGGGUGCGGAGCAGAGGGAAGGGGGUGCGGAGCAGAGGGAAGGGGGUGAGGAGCAGAGAGAGGGGGGUGAGGAGCAGAGAGAGGGGGGUGAGGAGCAGAGGGAAGGGGGUGCGGAGCAGAGGGAAGGGGGUGAGGAGCAGAGAGAGGGGGGUGAGGAGCAGAGAGAGGGGGGUGAGGAGCAGAGGGAAGGGGGUGCGGAGCAGAGGGAAGGGGGUGAGGAGCAGAGAGAGGGGGGUGAGGAGCAGAGAGAGGGGGGUGAGGAGCAGAGAGAGGGGGGUGAGGAGCAGAGAGAGGGGGGUGAGGAGCAGAGAGAGGGAGAUGAGGAGCAGAGAGAGGGGGGAGAGGAGCAGAGAGAGGGGGGUGAGGAGCAGAGAGAGGGGGGUGAGGAGCAGAGAGAGGGGGGUGAGGAGCAGAGGGAAGGGGGUGAGGAGCAGAGGGAGGGGGGUGAGGAGCAGAGAGAGGGGGGUGAGGAGCAGAGAGAGGGGGGUGAGGAGCAGAGAGAGGGGGGUGAGGAGCAGAGAGAGGGGGGUGAGGAGCAGAGAGAGGGGGGUGAGGAGCAGAGAGAGGGGGGUGAGGAGCAGAGAGAGGGGGGUGAGGAGCAGAGAGAGGGGGGUGAGGAGCAGAGAGAGGGGGGUGAGGAGCAGAGAGAAGGGGGUGAGGAGCAGAGAGAGGGGGGUGAGGAGCAGAGAGAGGGGGGUGAGGAGCAGAGAGAGGGGGGUGAGGAGCAGAGAGAGGGGGGUGAGGAGCAGAGAGAGGGGGGUGAGGAGCAGAGAGAGGGGGGUGAGGAGCAGAGAGAGGGGGGUGAGGAGCAGAGGGAAGGGGGUGCGGAGCAGAGGGGAGGGGGUGCGGAGCAGAGGGAAGGGGGUGCGGAGCAGAGGGAAGGGGGUGUGGGGAACCAUCACCCCUCACCCCCCGGUUGA